CCAGGGGGUUAAAGGGGAGAGUGAAAAAAGGGAGAGGGAGGGAGAAGGAGAGGGUGUGCUCCACAGAAGAGGGGUGAUCACGGAGAAGAGGACAGAUGCUGCCACCAUCUGUGAUCCCGUGGUGACACCCCAUCAUCUUUCUCAAGCAACAUGUUCCCUUCGUGCGAGAAUGCCACGCGUGUACACGAGAACGGGAAUCCCGUGGUCAGCACUCUGAUGUUCGCCGCAGGAGUGGUGGGCAACCUCUUGGCAUUGGGGGUCUUAGGGGUUCACCGGAGGGAACGAAGAGCCCGAGCCUCCCCGUUUUGUAUCCUGGUCACCGGCCUGGCAGUCACCGACCUCCUGGGCACUUGCAUCUUGAGUCCCAUCGUCUUCGUGUCCUACGCUCAGCAAGCCUCUCUCAUAGCCUUGGGAUCCGACUCACUUUGCCAUCUCUUCGCGUUCGCGAUGACGUUCUUCAACCUGGCCUCCAUGAUGAUCCUCUUCUUCAUGGCUCUAGAGAGGUGCCUGGCAAUCAGCCACCCGUAUGUAUAUGCCCAGCAUGGUGGUGGCCAGAGUCUGGCCCGGGCAGCCUUGCCCUCUGCCUACAUCCUGGUCACGCUACUCUGCAUUCUGCCUGUGGUGGGAGUCGGUGAGCACAAACAGUAUUGCCCGGGGACUUGGUGCUUCAUCCGGAUGGCCAUACCAAGUGGCGAUGGCAAUAGAGGAAUCCUGGCCUUCUCCCUGCUCUAUUCCAGCUUGACGGGGCUCCUCAUCCUCGCCAUUCUGGUGUGUAAUAUCUCAGUGACUGUCAGCCUGUGCCGCAUGAGGAAAGGACAGCGGGCUCGGAGAGGGUCGCUGCGGAGGGGGGGCGCUCGAGGUUGGCUCCUGGGGGCCGGAGAGGAAGAGCUGGAGCAUCUUAUCCUCCUGACGCUAAUGACGGUCAUCUUCAUGGUGUGCUCCGUACCCCUAACCCUCCGGGCUUUCCUUGGCGCCGUCUACAAGGAUGAGAACGAGAGCGCAGACCUGCUUGCCUUCAGGUUCAGUGCCUUUAACCCCAUCGUGGACCCCUGGAUCUUCAUCAUUUUCCGAGGCUCUGUGUUCAGGAAGAUGAAGUCUCUGGUCUGCAGAGCCUGGGGCAAUCCCACCAAACCGGCCUCCAUCAUCAGCUCCCCGGAGCCUUCACCCACGAGGACCACCAUAGUACCCUGAGAGACGUGUAAUGAGAACAGAGAGAGAGAGACCACCGAGGAGAGCGAGACCUCACCGCUUUAGAGAAGACAGACCAGAAGAAUAGAUCUCGUUGGACGUAGGAAGAGAGGUGGUGUUCAUGGACUUUGAGACACGCAGAGGAAGAGACUGCUGAUAACACAAAAUACCCCUCUAAACAGCCCCAGCUAAGACCCCCGUCGUGGAACGAUAAGUCAGGUGGCAGCAGAACACAAGCGGGGCUGGUCUGCUGGAUAUUUACGAUCAAGCUGCCUGCGCGAGCGCACACGGAAUGAGAUUACAUGUCAUUUACAUACAUGGCCAAUCACCGUAGCAUUCUAUUAUUACAUUAGGGUUAUUCACUAAAGAGACAGUCGACAGGAGAGUUGUGCUUCAGCUCCCUCGUUUAUUAUACAUUACGAAGGGCCACCACUGGCAGGUUUCUCCAGCAUUAAGGGCUGAGCCGGCCCUGUAUAAUGUAUAAUUCAGUGAGUAAUGAGACUGAAGACAUCUCACUGAUUAAACUAUACAUUAUACAGGGCAGGCCAAACAGAAGCUCAAUUGGGUUGGGCCUUCGAGACCGCAGAGGUUUUGUGUUUUUUUUUAGAUUUAAGAAGCUUUUCAAAGACGUAAAUAAAUAGUUUUGGACGAAA